AUGAGCCAACUGAAAUCCCACAUGAGAACUCAUACAGGAGAGAAACCAUAUACAUGCUCCAUAUGCCAAAAGACAUUUUCAUGCAUGAGCUGCCAGAAAUCCCACAUAAGAACUCAUACGGGAAAGAAACCAUAUACUUGCUCUAUAUGUCAAAGAGGUUUUUCUCAAAUGACUAAUCUCAAAUGUCACAUGAGAACUCAUACAGGAGAGAAACCAUACACUUGCUCUAUAUGUCAAAGAAGUUUUUCUCAUCCAAGUAGUCUCAUAAGACACAUGAGAUCUCAUACAGGAGAGAAACCAUAUACUUGCUCAAUAUGUCCAAGAAGUUUUGUUCAAUCCAGUGGUCUCAAAUAUCACAUGAAAACUCAUACAUGA